GUUGAAUUAUUGGUUCUUGGAGUGAAAGUAACGAAGUGACGAAAACAUUGCAAGUAACCAGAGGAAGGAAUAAAAACGAAUUUCAGUAUUGUGUACAACUCGACAUCGUGUAUCGCAUGAAUUUCGCAUUAAAUGGAGAUGAAAAUAAAUACCGAAGUUAAAUCAUUCAAUCAUUCAAUUUCACUAAUGGAUUCAUCAUCAUUUCAAGAUGCACUCAACACUGAUCCAGAAUUAACAUUCGAUGAUUUACCGAUGCCAUUUAAAAUGUUAGACAAAUUAUUAUGGAGCAUAUUUGAGGAAACAUGGAAUUUAAUUGAAACAAAAGAGAAAUAUAAAAGUGAGCAAUUCAAUUUCCAACAAUCAUGUUUACAAAAACUGGAUGUGAAUAUGGACAUUGAGAAUAUUCACAUAUUUACAAUUGUCGGACAGUAUUUAUUUAAAAUAUUUGAAAAUCAAAUUAUUGUAUAUGAUGUAAACAGUUUGAAAUUGAUUUCGGAGUGGAAGUAUUUGAAUGGACUUAACAGUUGCAGCGUAAUACGUACAUUUAAAACAAUUCAAUACGAUAAAAAUGUUAUUUUGCAGCUUAUUAUAAAUGACUCAGGUCAAAUAAGUCUUGUGAUGUUUGUUGAAGGGUUAUUCAUUCCAAUAAAACAAUAUAACUCACCAUCCGAUGGUUUAUUAUAUCAUGCACUCAAUGGGAAGAUUUCACCAUGCGGAAAAUAUUUUAUCUCUUUAAAUGAAGAUUCAAUUAAUUCGAAAAUUUGGUUAGAAGUUUAUCGUUUACCAGUAGAUGCAUGGAUGAAAGAAAUUUUACCAGUCGUUCAAGAAUUUCAAAAUGUAAGAACAUUCACAUCAAGUGUGGAAACUUCAACUGAGGAGAUAACCGUUAAUCUGAUCGAACGAAAAUCAUUUUAUGAAAAUCAAUUUCAGCUUAGUUCACCUGUGUUAUUAGGAAGAAUUAAAUAUCCAGUAAUGCCGCCAAGUCCUGCAUGUAAAUCAGUAACAGCAGCACUCAGGCAAGCUAAUGAUAAGGCUAAUCUUUUAAGUUACUCAAAUCUUGGUACCCAUUUGUAUUCCGAUGCAAUUAAUGAAGCAAACCAGUUGGGAUUCAUCGAACAUCGAAAUUAUCCUUCCUGUUUAACAGCUCUUCCUAAACCACAGCUUGAUGAAAAGAAUUCAGUAUCCGUCCAAGGAUUCACAGAUAGCCCUGAAUCUACAAAACAGAUAUCUGAACCCACAACAGAAAGAAGUCAACCACACUCACCAAGUUCAAUAAAACAUCAAACUAGAAAUACAAAAUCUUCUAAACGUAAACAACAGCACAAAGAACAAACAAUAAAUGGACGUAAUAAUAAAAAAGCUGAAAAGCUGAACUCUAAUGUUGAGACUACCGAUCCAUUAUCAAAUAAAGACAACGAUGAAAAGUCAAAAAGGAAGAAUAAAACUAAUAAUAAAAAACAAGAAAUUGAAUUGGAUAUUGAAACAAAUGUAAAAGAUUCGGUUAUUGAUGGAACUGAACAAGUAGAUGAUUCAUUGAAAAAAACUCAACGAAAUGAAGAAAUUAGAAGACAGUUAGUAAAAGAUUUAUAUGAAGCACAACCUAAAUGCUAUCCAUAUUUUGAAUUCCUGCCAAUUAAUUUAACCUCUAAUAGUAAACAAUCAGAAAUUUCAUCUUUGACCAAUUUGUCCUACUCUGGAUCGAUUUGUGUUUAUUGGUCUAGAUCAUGUUAUCUUUUCUUUUAUCCUUUAGAUAAAUUCUCUAAAAGCGAAGAAGGCGUAAUAGAAGAAAUACGAUAUUUCGGUUCAGAAAUAACUUAUAUUUCAGUUAUCUAUUCUAGUCAUCCCGUCAAUACACAUGAAACGUUCAUUGAUGAUAAAGAAAAUCUCUCAAAGAAGCCAGAUUUAAUUAAUUCGAGAAAUAAUUAUCUGGUGGUUGGUCUUCAAUCUAGAUUAAUUAUAAUUAAACAAUUACAGUCAGGGAGAUACUUACCCCUAUUUUAUACCGAAUUAGGAUCAUUGGUAGAUGCUGGUCUGUUGAUAAGUACCAAAUACAUCAAUCUACUUACUGCAUGUUAUGUAAAUGGGAAUAAACACUCAACCAAGGGUGAUUUGAUAUUACGCAAGAAAUUCACGUUUGAUAUUUAUAAUUUAGAUGAAAAUCAACUGAUAUGGAAAAAAACCCAUAUUGUGAGAAAGAAGAAUUUUCAUUGUCAAGCUAUUACCAUUUUAACCAUAGAUGAUAAUUUCAAUAUUGUUGUCUGUUUAGUCUCAUCGAAGAAUUUGCUCAUUUAUCCCCUGGAUCAUCAACAAAAUUGCUUACAUCACCAACAGUCGGCUAAACAUAAUAUCGAAAUACAUCAGUCAAACCAAGUGGUUGACCGUGAUCUAGAUCAGUUUUGUCAAAGUUCUAUUCAAAUUAGUUUACCUGACCCAUAUGUUAUAAACCUAAACACAGGAACCGUUAGUUUAUUCCCAGAAGUCAAUGAACAAUGGGUAGACAACGUUGAAUUCUACCAUCAACUAUGUUUGACUUCUCGUUCAACAAAGUCAACUAUUCAGGAAGUUGAAAAUGACAGUCAUGUGAAUCAUGAAGAAAGAAAAGAAAAAUUAAAUAGAAAACAAGGGAUUUAUCAACUUUGGAUACGAGGAACUAAAAUUGAGCAGGAGAACGAGGAUAGGAUCCAAUCUAAACUAUUUCGUGUUGACUUAGAAUUUAAACCACUUGAAAUUAGAACUGAUUCAUUGGAAUUGAAUAAUGAAGAGAACUAUAAUGAGAUGUAUUCUGAACCACUUCAAAGUUAUUCAAAUAAAUUAUUAAUCAAAAGAAGUCGCAAUGAAAAAGUCAGAAGAUUAUCGUUUCAGAAAGUCUGGGAACAAUUUGCUGCUUUUUAAGAACUGUUACCAUUGAUAUUAUUGUUGGUAUUAAGAUUACAAUUUAGUGAUUUGAUAUCAUUACAACCGCCUAAUACAAAAUAAGUAUUAUCCUUCUCAACAAUCAAAUGUAUUGGUAAUUAUUUUGUUCUAGAAUCAAAUGACGUGGUAUAUUGUACAUGCAAACCCAACCCAUUUAAUUUUUUAUGAUAAUAAUAAUAAUAGUUCAAUAAAUUGAUCACCCA